CCAUUCUCCGCCUGUCCUCGACACUAAACAUACGAGUUACGAUACCCUUACCUCAAGUUGGUCGCGUGAAUGCCAUGUUUACCUGCCCUACAGCCUGAUAGGAUUUCUUCUGCCAACCUUAUUCUCCUAUGCCUUUUGUCUUGUCUGCAAUUGCUUGUUUGUUCGAUACCCGCCUUUCCAUGUUCUUUAGUCGUGAUCUCACUCUUCGUCGCUGAGCCACACAUCACCGUGCCGGAGAUCGCGGCAUCCAAUAGAGACAGCUAAGGGACAGCUUAGAGACAGCUUAGAAACAGUGCGCCAAACUAGCCACACCUCAACCCCACAAACUUGCUCCUCGUAUACGGCUACUUUUGAGAGGGGUGUCUCUCAGGUGUCUUGAGCCUCGCCAGCACUCACACUGCAGCGACAUGUCACAGCAGCUUCACCAGGCUCUCGAGAGCUUACGUCCGAAAGACUACAGCGAUGUACCCCUCGACGAACUUCAAACCUUCCUUGCCGACCUAUUCUGCAAAGGCGAAUUGAUAGCGAAUUCAGUGCCCGAGCCUCCCAAUGGAACGCCAUUCGACAAAGCACAGCGGUCUCGCCCAGGUGCUCACCCAGCUACAGUCCUACAGGAAAUCGCAGUCUCGAAAGUCAGACGGCCGCCACCUUCCAAGGAGCAAGCCGAGCUACAGAAGGCAUGGGGGAAGCCAGUGAAAUUAUCCGCAAAGGAUAAUCCAUUGGAGAUAUCGGUUUACAAAAUGGCGGGAAAUGAUAGACAUGGUGCCUGGUUCGCUCGAACAAGCGUGCAUGAAGGCUUAGGGUUCGCGAAGUGGAAAAGAGCCAUGAUACGAGAGUUCCCUGAAAGCUUAGAGGUGCAAGGUGGCCCUGGAGAAGGAAACAUUAGAGGAAUUGGUGGCGACAGAAGGCUCGAAGAUAUAAAUGUAGAGGGUGUAGGAAAGCUUGAAGUCUAUCAGCUCUCCGCCCAGUUCCCCGGUCCUGUCGCCCCUCGAGAAUUCAUCACACUACUACUUACGUCCGAGAAUGCGCUUAGCGAAGCUUCCAAGGUAGCCGGCAUAGUUCCUCGACACUUUAUGGUGGUCUCCAUACCCGUGACACAUCCAGAGGCCCCACCUAGACAAGGCCUCGUCCGCGGCUUCUACGAGUCUAUAGAAAUGAUCCGAGAGAUACCCCUCUGCAAAUCUGCUGCAUCUGAAUCAAACGACAUCAACCGACAAGACAGCGUAGCCGGAGAUGACCCUGAAACAAACCCGGUGGAAUGGAUCAUGGUCACGCGGAGUGAUCCUGGAGGCGGCAUUCCGCGCUUCAUGGUGGAGCGAAAUACACCUUCCAGCAUUGUACAAGAUGCAGGCAAAUUCCUGACCUGGGCAGUCACCACAGAGGAUGUUCCGAUGCAUGGAGAGUUGGAUGGAGCCGCAGAUGUCACUUUACAUCAUGCCGAUCACAGACAAUUCUCAAUCUCGGACGGGAAUGGAAUACUAGCUGGAGUCGGUACCAGCAUUGCAGAUAACUCAUUGACUCCUGGCCUAGGAAGACGAUCAUCACAUAUAGCAAAUGAUGGCCAACCUGGUAUCAUGAACGCCGUGACAGAUGCCGUGGGUGCAUAUAUCCCAGAUUCUUUGAACCCGCUGCAAAGAACAGACUCUCGCAGCUCCAGCGCGUCUUCUAUAUCAUCUGUCGACUCUUGGGUUUCAGCCGAGCAGUUUGGCGACGCUCAUGAGGGCGUGCGUCUGGAUGAUGGCAUGCCAACCCCAUCAUCUGUAUCGGAGAAGUCGGGCGCCGUCUCAGAUCCACAGCAAAACCAUGUCCAGAUGAGCCGGGAACUCGAAAAGAUUGAACAAAAGCGAAUGCAACUGAGAGAAAAGCUCGAACAAGCUCGAGAAAGGCAAGGAAUAGAGGCGAGCGAGGCUAAUGCGAAGUCUGCUAAAGAGAUGGAAAAGGCGAUUGAAAAACACAACCGCGAGCGCAAAAAGCAGGAAGAGAAGUUCAACCGUGAAGUGGAGAAGCUUGAACAACGCCGUGAACGGGAGACGAAGAAACUGCUCGCCCGCCAGCAGAAGGAAGCUGAUAAGAAUCGACUUAACAAGCUACAGCGGGAGCGAAACGAGUGGAAGGAAAGAGCUGAUCUAGCCGAGCAAGAGAACAAAUUGCUCAAGGAACAAAUUGGCGAACUGCAAAGGGAGAAUACUAAGUUGGUUGCUCGUCUUGGGAAGUCAGACGUUGGCCGCGAAAUCUUAAAGAAGGUCAAGGACGACUCGGACAGUAUUCACAGCCAUCAUAGCCUUCACAGACACAGGGCCAGCUCAGGAGCGAGUAUAGAAUCCCCAAGUACGGCCUCCAGGACGAGCUUGCUCAAGAAUUCCGAGCCGACUCCAUAGCAAGGAUGUGUGGGGUUUUCAUGUCGUACCUCUCUGUUCGACAGGUGGAGUUUUCGUGCUUCUGGCUAACCAGCUUCUCCCUGUUUCGUUCUUUUGUUUCCGAAUUUAUUGGCUCCAAAAACACGAGCUGGACUCAUUUUCAUUGAUUUUACAUAUUUUCUUCAUGAUGUACAAUACAAUUUUUCCUUUGCAAGGCUGGAUAUCAGCGAUUCACACCUAGCGAGUAAGAGCAGGUCGAGAAAGCUGUCGGAAACAGCAGACUAUUUUAUGUCCACAGGCAUACCUCUUUAUGUGAAGUUAUUUUUUCUAUCAUAUUUUACCACUACGUCUGUAUCCUACACAUCC